AUGACUAGAAAGCUUAUGGAAGCAAGAGCAGUGUUACAUCAAGUGCAGAUCAGCCCUACAGUUAGCAAUAGUGUCCGUAAACAGAUAUAUUUGCAGCUGAUUGGUGACAGACCUAGAAUCCCUUGGAAGAGUUUGAUCAUUGAUAAUACAGCAAGGCAAGAGGCACAAUUCACAAUAUGGCUAUAUGUUCAAGACAUAUUAUUGACUGUAGAUAGACUGACCAAAUGGGAAAUGAGUAUAGACCAACAAUGUGUUCUCUGUCAAACUCAUAAUGAGACCAGAGAUCACUUGUUCCUUCAUUGUGAAUUCUCUGUGAAAGUGUGGUACAAAGUGAUGAAUUGGAUUCAACAGCCUCAGUUUCUGAAUACUGAUUGGGGACAACAUAUUCAAUGGGCAAUCUGUAAAGUUAAAGGCAAAUCUCAGGCAGCUCGACUAUUCAAGAUGGUCUACAUUGAGACUAUUUAUGCAUUGUGGAUAGAAAGGAAUCAGGGGAUAUUUGAAAAAAGAAGAAGAGAUUGGCUUGCGAUAGCUAAAGAUGUCGCUUAUAUUUGCAGUGUUAGAGCAGCUACUGGACUGAGAAAUUGUAGAUCAGCUCCAAUUUUGAUUUCUAUAUGUUCAGCUAGCUGCUAG